UACUUUCACUAACCUUUGGACAUCUUCUUCUGUACACUUCAAUCUAAUAAUCUCAGUCAGUGUACCGCAGUUCACAUCCUGCUUAGUGCUUAACGACACCAACACUGCAGCCAGUUCCAAUACCCAGAUCCGAAUACCCAAAAUGGGCGGUGCGGAAUCGGAGUCGGAACCCGCUUAUCCGUAUUCGAGCUUAUGGCUCGCUCCUGACCAGAGCAAGCGAUGGGGCGAGCUAUUCUUCCUCUGCUACACUCCCUUCUGGCUCACCCUCUGCCUAGGGAUCGUCGUACCGUACAAGCUCUACGAGAGCUUUACCGAAUUGGAGUAUCUAGUUCUGGGUUUGAUUUCGGCAGUUCCUUCGUUCUUGAUACCGGUGCUAUUUGUUGGAAAGGCUGAUGGACUUAUAUUUUGGAAGGAUCGUUAUUGGGUCAAGGCCAGCCUCUGGAUUAUAAUCUUUAGCUAUGUGGGGAAUUACUUUUGGACCCACUAUUUCUUCACAGUUUUGGGGGCUUCUUAUACCUUUCCAUCAUGGAAGAUGAACAAUGUACCACACACAACUUUCCUUCUCACACAUGUUUGCUUUCUGUUUUAUCACGUUACAUCGAACAUAACACUUCGCCGACUACGGCAUUUUGUUGCUGACUUUCCAGAGAAAGUUCAAUGGAUUACUGAGGCUGCAUGGAUUUUGGCACUUGCCUAUUUCAUAGCAUACCUCGAGACUUUAGCCAUUUCCAAUUUCCCUUAUUAUGAAUUUGUGGAUCGUUCAUCCAUGUACAAAGUUGGGUCCUUAUUUUAUGCCAUCUACUUCAUUGUGAGCUUCCCCAUGUUUCUGAGAAUUGAUGAGAAACCAGGUGAUCCGUGGGACUUACCCAGAGUGGCUGUUGAUGCUCUGGGUGCUGCAAUGCUGGUUACAAUAAUACUUGAUUUGUGGCGCCUGUUUCUGGGACCAAUUGUUCCCAUGUCGGAGUCAAAACAGUGCCUUCAACCUGGACUGCCAUGGUUUCCAGGACAUGCCAAUGAAACUUGACACACAUGGAUUUGCAGGACAGGGAGAGACCUGGGUUAACUUUCCAGCCAUUGAAGUAACCAAUCUCUGCAAUUUCUUCUUGUUGAUUCUUGUAAUGCGUGCUGUACCUUGGUAGUUGGUAGGGACAUUUAAAGAAUUGUAUAAGCAAAUGGUGAAAAUUAAUCAUGUAACCAUUGGUCCA